UUCAAAGAAAUUUACCUGCAGUGCUUGCUACACUAGCUGAGGAGGCAGAAUUAAAAAAGGACCCUGUGGCACGGGGGUUGUACACCUACUGUGCAACUUACAGAUUCGUUGCAGCUGUCCACCUGCAAUCGGACAUCCUGCCCUACCUGGCGCAGCUUUCAAAAUUGUUCCAGAAGGAAGAUAUCAAUUUCAUGGCAAUCAAGAACCAUGUUCCUGUUACCAUUGAGACAUUGAGAAUAAUUAAAGCAGCAGGUGAAUGGCAACCCGAGGGCUCCUUUCUAGCUCAGGUUGAAGAGAAGGUGGCCAAUCUGAACAUCAGUGCCGAAGAAGACAGGGUGAGGCGUGGGACAGCUCUUCCCACCGACACCUUAUGGGCACGUUUUCAGACACAAUUCAUGGAGCCUUACAUUGACGGACUCAUUGAGCACCUGGAGCUGAGGUUCCAGCAGCUUGGGAUUCUUGGUGCCUUUAGUUCCCUGGGACCACAAGGACCACAAGCUGAUGAGAGUCGUGCCAUCUCAGAUCUACAACUGCUGGCCAAGCAGUUCCCUCCCAUCAGUGAGAUGGCACUUCUCCAAGAGUGGCAGAGCUACAAAGUCCUAAUAACAACCGUAAUACUGAAAGACAAGUCCCAGCUGGAGAUCAUGACAGCAAUGGCAUCUGGGUAUGAUGAGCUCCAUCUACUCUACCCAAACCUGUCCCUCCUCUCUGCAAUCGCCCUAACAAUACCAGUCUCCAGUGUGAAUUGUGAGAGGGAUUUCUCGGCGAUGAAUAGGAUCAAGACAGACCUAAGAAACAGGCUGCAGGGCAACAGUCUGACAGCCUGCAUGAAAAUGAGCAUCAAUGGUCCGCAGGUGAAAGACCUACAGUACAGCAGGGCCCUUGAGAUUUUUUUCAGCAAACCAAGGAGGAUUGCUUGUAGUGAUGCCACUUGUCAGCUCUGCCAUUAGUGACCUUGUUGAAUAAUUUAUGUUUUGCAGUUCUAAUAGCAAAAUCAUCAUGUUUAACCCUUUAUUUAUAAUUUUAAAAGCUAAAGAUUUUUUAUUUAUUGUAAGAGAUAAGAUAUUGUAUUAUUUUGUUGUUUAAUGUUUAAUAAAUAGUUGUUCUCAAAGUUGUAAUCAAAGUCUGCAUUUUAUUCCCCUCGGUGAUGUGCUUGCGACGCAACGGUGAAACCCCCCCCCCCCCCCGGAGAUGAGUACGUCGCCCCCCCCGGUCACCACCUUGACUAACACAUUUUCUGGGGGAAACCCUGAGAUCUCACCCCGUGGGGUCAAAAUGAUCACAAGAACGGUGAGCAAAAAUCCCAGAACCACACGGGGGGACUUAGUGAAUGACCUGCAGAGAGCUGGGACCAAAGUAACAGAGGCUACCAUCAGUAACACACUACGCCGCCAGGGACUUAAAUCCUGCAGUUCCAGACGUGUCCCCCUGCUUAAGCCAGUACAUGUCCAGGCCCGUCUGAAGUUUGCUAGAGGGCAUUUGGAUGAUCCAGAAGAGGAUUGGGAGAAUGUCAUAUGGUCAGAUGAAACCAAAAUAUAAAUUUUUGGUAAAAACUCAACUCAUCAUGUUUGGAGGAGAAAGAAUGCAGAGUUGCAUCCAAAGAACACCAUACCUACUGUGUAGCAUGGGGGUGGAAACAUCAUGCUUUGGGGCUGUUUUUCUGCAAAGGGACCAGGACGACUGAUCCGUGUAAAGGAAAGAAUGAAUGGGGCCAUGUAUCGUGAGAUUUUGAGUGAAAACCUCCUUCCAUCAGCAAGGCACUGAAGAUGAAGCGUGGCUGGGUCUUUCAGCAUGACAUGAUCCCAAACACACCGCCAGGGCAACGAAGGAGUGGCUUCGUAAGAAGCAUUUCAAGGUCCUGGAGUGGCCUAGCCAGUCUCCAGAUCUCAACCCAAUAGAAAAUCUUUGGAGGGAGUUGAAAGUCCGUGUUGCCCAGCGACAGCCCCAAAACAUCACUGCUUUAGAGGAGAUCUGCAUGGAGGAAUGGGCCAAAAUACCAGCAACAGUGUGUGAAAACCUUGUGAAGACUUACAGAAAACGUUUGACCUCUGUCAUUGCCAACAAAGGGUAUAUAACAAAGUAUUGAGAUGAACUUUUGUUAUUGACCAAAUACUUAUU